CUGAUGGAUCGUGCCCGCUUUGCCCGCCUUGUCCCGCGGCCCCCUCGUCUCUUGGCUGCCGCUUAGCAGAAAGCUCGCCCCCACCACUGUUGCUCUUAUCGACGUGCUGAGCAUUAUUUGAAAGUUAUAUUGUUGAAGCUUGCCCCCUCCCCUCCCUCCCUCACCUCCGACAGAGCCUGCUCUCCGUAUGUUCCAUUCGUUCGAUUCCCGCUGCCACCUUCACGCCUCCUCGGGUCUCCGGUUCCCGCAUUGCAUUGACGUGCCAUACGCCACACAAAUGGCUCUGUACCCUACACACACAGCUCCACUCGUUCUCCGGGUACACCCCGCACCCCCCCUCCUCCACCGCCCGCCCACGCAACCCUUUCCUCCCCCGCGAUAGUACAGACGAGCAGCUCCGCGAUGCUCGCUCCCCUCGCCAGACAGGCGAUGGGGCAGGGUGGCGGAAACAAGGUUGAGUCGCCGUAGCAACAAGGUUUGCGCCCCCACGGCCCCCCGGCCCGGGCCCCCUCGGGGUCGGACACGGACACGGCAGGCAGUGGCCCCCGCAGGAGCACGCCGGCGGCCAGGCCACGCUGACGUACCAGCGCCACCAUGGGGGUCUACAGGUUGCCGAUUGAGCCGCCACCCCAGCCGCCGCCCAAGACCUACGCGCCGUGCGGCUUCGGCGGCGACUACAACUGGCUGUGCCACAAGCCGCUGCCCAGCAUCGACGCCUACAAGACGUCCUCCGGGGUGGGACUCUACCAGAUACAACCCGUCAGCGAGAGAUACGAUCGCGUUCGCCGACCCCUGCCAUGCCACCUCGCUACCCGCGACCCCGCCGUGGCGUGGGACCAGCACCUCACCACCACCGCGCUGGCGCACGACCGCAAGGAGCCGACCAAGGACCCUGCCACGUUCGCUGGCAACUACGUGAGCGCCGGCCGCAUGACGCUCGCCCGCAAGUUCGACGAGCACAUAAAACACCGUCCGCACAACAGCAACGUGGACACGUGCCCGGCGGCGUCCGUCACCAACUCGACGUACCUGCGCCACGACGUGAUCCCGUCCUGGGGGAAAGUCGUGGACCUUACGCCACACGUCGAGUGCCAGGUGCGCUCUGACGGGCUCCAAGUGCAGCCCUUCGUACCGCCGGAGGACGGCGGCCACGUCCGUCUGCUCGACCCGAUGGUGUCCACCACGGCGAUGGACUUCCACCCGCACACGGAGCGCCAGCAGAGCGACCAGGUCGGCAAGAAGAACAUCAUCACGUACUGGGACGGCGAGGGCUACCCGCGCGCGCGCACCUGGGGCUACGGGCCGCAGGGCUCGGAGAGGAUCACCUCGCUGCUGUCCACGCGCUCGGACCCGGACCCCGUAUACGACAAGGAGCAGUUUGCGCACCGCGCCGUUUACCGCCGCCUGCCCACCAGGGUACCGGCCGUCCCGCACAAGGGCCUGCAGAGCGAGCAGCAGGCCGCGUACCGCCUGCCGCUGGACGACUUCGUGUCGCACCGCUGGGGCACGGGCGGCGUCGAGUACCCGCUCGCCCUGUACGCCAACACGCUGUCCGAGCUGCUCGCCGCGCCCGCCAUGUACUGCCCGGAGAGCGCGCACUACGGCUCGGGGCUGCCCGUCAAGGCCCUCGUGGACACGGGCCCCGCCUACCACGGCGGCCCGCCCGUGCACCGCCCCUGCCCGCCGACGCUCUGCACCGCCUUCAGGCGCCCGUACGCCAAAUAAACGAAAACAUCCCC